AUGCGCUUGAAGCCCGAGCUCAUCGACCAGCUGCUGCACCCCACUUUGGACCCAAAGGCCAAGAAGCAGGUCAUCGCCAAGGCGGCCUCCCAGCUUCCCCCGGUGCAGCGGCAGGGAAGGUGGUCUUCAGCGCAGACGAGGCAGGCGGUCCGCCGGGCCAAGGACGGUGAGAAGGUGCUGCUGGUGCGGAUUGAGACCAGCCCAGACGACAUCCACGGCCUGGGCACGCGGCAGAGGGUGUCCUGCAGGCCGGCCCUGCGUGGCUUCGGCGGUGCCGUGCAGGAGGGCCAGAUCCUCACCAUCGAUGGCGUCACCGGAGAGGUGAUCCUUGGGGAGGUGCCCACGGUGCCGCCGCAGCUGCCCGGUGCCUUUGGUAUCAUCAUGGCCUGGGCGGGAGUUCGGGCACAGGGCAUCGGCCUGGCACGGCAUGAGACGGAGCACAUGUUUUUCGCGGACCGGAAGGUUGCACUGGAGGAGCUGUUGACCAUGCAGCGCGAGGACAUCACUGGAGCUGUUCCGAUCAUGGACGGGCGCCCGGUGACGGUGCGGCUGCUGGACCCGUGGCCAAGGCCGCCGGCGGUGCCGCUGAACCGGGUGCGGCGCCGCGCCACGGAGCUGCAAGAGGCGAAUCCCAUGUUGGGCCACCGGGGCUGCCGCCUGGCCAUCACCUACCCCGAGAUCUGCGAGAUGCAGGCGCGGGCCAUCUUCGAGGCGGCAGCCGCCGUGGGCAGGGCCGGCGGCGCCGUGCCGGUGGCUGAGGUCAUGGUGCCGCUGGUGGCGACCCUGCAGGAGCUGAGCAUUUUGAAGGAGGUGGUGGAGAAGACUGCCGCAGCCGUGCAGAAGGAGCAAGGCAUGAACUUCACCUACCGUGUGGGCACCAUGAUCGAGCUGCCCCGGGCCUGCUUGCAAGCAGGCAAGUUGGCCGAGCAGGCUGAGUUCUUCAGUUUCGGCACCAACGACUUGACGCAGACCACCUACGGCAUGAGCCGGGACGACGCAGGCGCCUUUCUACCUGAGUACAAGGCCAAGGGUAUCGUGGAGCAGGACCCCUUCGUGAGUCUCGACCAGGAGGGCGUCGGCGAGCUGAUCAAGGUGGCCGUGGAGGUGGGCCUGGACUCGCUGAGCUGCUCGCCCUUCCGGGUGCCAUUGGCGCGGCUGGCGACCGGCGCAGCGGCGGCCCUGGGCUGCGGGGUGAGGAAGGCGCUGCAGCCAUCCACCAGGAUGACGAAGAACCCGGCGGAUGCCGCGGCGGCGGCGAUGGCCCGGCGCGCCAAAGGCGGCAACAAGAAGAGCACAAGAGAAGUUAAGAAGUAUUUUGUCUACGGCGCGGGCGUUUUGGUCACCAUCGUUGCGGUGUGGUUAGCAGCCACUGACGGCCAAGCGGCAGGGAAGAAGAAGAGCCGGGAGUACCGCUCCAAGGCCACGGCCCAGGUCAACGACCGCUACUUCCUCAGCGACGUGACCUCCUACGCCGCGGGGAACUUCACCGCGGCAGCGGGCAGCUUCUUCAACGGCUGGACGUAUGCCGACGUGAGCUAUGGCCUCGACGGCGUGGCGGUGCGGGGGGAGGGCAUGAUCGGCUUUGCCGGGGCGCUGCAGCGGUGCCAGGACGAGACGGACGACCUGGAGGGGGGCGCCGUGCCUCCAGCCUACGACCUCAGAGACCAGAAGCCAGGCUGCGAGUCUGGGGAGGUCUACAGCCAGGGCAACUGCUCCUCGAGCUACGCCAUCGCCGCUGCCACCGCGCUGUCCUCGCGAUUUUGCUUUAGCGACCCUGAAGCCUAUGCUCAGACGCGUUUGUCGCCUCAACAGAUUGUCUCUUGCGACAAGAAGAGCCAGGGCUGCAACGGUGGUGGCAUCGACUCGGUGUGGAGCUACAUCGAGCGAAGGGGGUUGUUCCCAGAGUCUUGCGUGCCUUUCGCUGGCGCCACGAAGGCAGAAUGCAAGUCGGACUGCGAUCCGGAGAAGAAGCUGAAGGCAAUGGACCACUGCAUCCUCGGCGGGGAGAAAAAGAUCAAGCGAGAAGUCUACAACAGAGGCCCGGUGGUGGCCCCUGUGCUGCUGAAGGAUGACUUCCUGGUGUACAAGGGCGGAGUUUACACUCCCACAGACUACGCCAACCAGCAGUAUGGUCCCAAUGGCGAGCCCCUGGUUCACGCCGUGACCAUCAUUGGCUGGGGACGAUCAGAGGGCACGCCUUAUUGGCUUGUCAAGAACUCCUGGGGCAAGGAUUGGGGGGAAGACGGCUACGCUCGCAUCACCAUGGGUACUGGCGUCCUUCGGGAGGAGUCUAUCAUCGUGGGGUAUGCCGCCACACCAGAGGCGCUUGAAGCUGCCGCCAAGAAAAAGGAGGCAGAGGAGCAGCGGAAAGAAGAACUGAAGAAGGAGCGUGCGGAGCGCGAUGCCCGCAUCCGCGAGCGCGAGGCGCAGCGCGCCGCGGAAGCUGCGGAAAGAGCCAGCCAGGAGGAGGACACGGAGGAUCUGGACUUCGAGGACGACGAGGAGGUGGAUGUGGACUCCCAGGAGGCGGAGGGCGAUGAUCCAUAG